UCGGACGGGCUCAAGCCCGUCCUAGUCUAUGAAUAGAUCCGCCCCUGCCGGUCAUAAUAUAUUGAGGUUUGAUUGUCCCCUGAUCCGGGAGGCUUUUGCAAAUGUUGGUCGACCUGCACCAGAACCCAAAGGUACAAUUGAUUCUUUGGAUUUGUUGACUCAGCGAUUUGGAAGGAGAGCUGGUAACAUGAAGAUGGCCACUCUUGCAAAUUAUUUUGGUCUUGGACAACAAACACACAGGAGUUUAGAUGAUGUUCGAAUGAAUCUUGAAGUACUCAAAUCUUGUGCUACAGUUUUAUUCCUGGAGUACAGCCUCCCGGACAUAUUAACAGAGAACAGCUGGGUUUCUCCAAAUGCUACAACAAGAAGUCGAAGUGUUGGAAAGUCAUCUCCUGAGGGGUCAAGCAUGAACAUAAAUAUUUCAAAUCAAACAGGGGACAAUCAUCCAAUAACAUCUCUUAGGACUGAGACCACACAAGAAGUCUCUAAUUUGCUUGAGACUGUCGAGUCCGGCACAAAUCGACCAGAUCUUUCUGACAUGGGCCCACUUAUCAAUGAAGCGAAGAAUGAGUUAGAUCAGCAAGACAUCAACAUGGUGGAAACACCUGCACAAGAGUUUCCCAACAGUUCUCUCAAUGCUUCUGUGACCAACAACUGUAAUGCCACCAUGGAUUUUUUACAGCUCAAUCAAGUUUUCAUUCCUUAUAUCAGUGCUUCGCUUGUUCCAUUGUAUCGUGGGAGUCGAAGGAUAAAGUUAUUACACAAAGAUGUCACUUUGCAGCUUUGCUGCAGUCCUAUGAAAUUGCGGUUUGGAAUCAAUAUGAAGUUUUUUGAUCAUGCUGGCCGACCACGACUGAAUAUUGUCUUGGAUGCACCACCAAAAUUAUGUGAAGUUCUUGAUGCAUGCGAUGGCCUUGCACAGAAGUUGUCUUUGGACUCUGGAAGUAGCUCUCAAUGGUGGCCUGUUGUGAUCCGCAAUGAGAGCUUCUACAACUACCCUACUGUGAGAUUGCACAUAGAAACUGCAGUAUACGGGGACAUUGCAAUCUACGCCACAGAGAUAUAUCAAAGGGACCCCUCUGGCACCGAGCAAAGGCUAGUCUUCUCUAAAUUUGAUGCUUCAGAACUUGGUGCCUUGUUCACCCGAGGGAUGUUUAUGGAUGUGUUCUUCUCUUUGGAUCCAUAUGACUAUCAGCAGAGUGCAGGCAUCAGUAAUUUCGGUUGGCUCAGCUGUGAAGGUUGUGGAUGUUCUCAAUGAAGAGUGGUCUUCAAUUGAUAUUAUACUUGCUGCAGUUGACCUCCCAAUAGAAUCAAGCAUUGAGAUGCUGAAGUGUAUCAUGCAAGAUAGAUAUUUCAAAUGUAUUCCAGUGAUCAGUAGGCAGCGUGCUACUUUUCUGUAUUAAGGAUGGAAUAUAUUCCAUCAGAACUCAGUUCCUCAUAUUUCAUUUAUGCAUUGCACAUAAUCACAUAUGGUGGAUAUGAUUGUAAACCACCGCGUCACACUUUACUUGUUCUUCUUGCAGUGCUGUCAACAAACCAUGAGUCCUCUUUUCUUCUCAAUUUCUUAAGAUUGGGGGCAACUGAUUACCUGGUCAAGCCAUUAUGCAUCGAUGAGAUCUGAACUUGUGGAUGCACUGCUGGAGGCAGCCUAAGGUAGGGUGUCUUUCACCAAAUUUGAUGUUCAUGGAUACAUAUGUAUGUAGCUUUUGCAGGGUGCAUCACAAUUUGUGACUAGUCAUAUUCCGGCAUCCUACCAGAGAUCAGAGUACUCUUGUUUCAGUUGUAAAAAGCUCUUUUACUUGAUCUAGCUACAAUACUUUGCAGAAUCUCAUCUUAUCUGCGUAACUGUAUGAUCCAGAUUGUGCUCAAAUCUUUGAAAUGUGACCAACUAAGCCUCCUGCUUUAUCCUACAGUACUCAGUUGCGUGUUUCAUUCUUUUCCUCUC